GACGGUAGAGAGAAACAGGUGUGCGGCUUCCCGAAACGAGCGCGCGCACGCCGUUUCUUUUCUUUUUUUCUUUCUUCCCGGUUCAUUCGCCGAGGUGAAAAUUCGCCCUCGUCCUUAAUCAUCCUCUUAGCGGGACAGGGAGAGGAGGGGGGAGGGAGUCUGUUGUCACUUCGUUUCAUUAUAGUUUCGGCUGCGUUUUUUUUUUAGCAAGCUUUUCUUUUUUGGAGCAAGGUGGGGGGAGCCCGGCCGGCUCGCUCGUGAAGAGGAAGAGGAAGCUCAUGGCCACCAAGAAGCCGUGCUCGGAUUUAACCAAAAGGAGUCGGAGUCCGGUCGUGCUCGAGGCCGAGAUGUUUAGUGAAUUUCAGGAGUGGUGCCUCCGGACUUACGGAGACUCGGGCAAAACCAAGACAGUCACGCGCAGGAAAUACAACAAAAUCAUGCAGACGCUGUUGCAGAAUGAAGACGCGGACGGUGUGUACGUGGACAACAGCCACAUCAACGCCAAAUUCAAAUUCUGGGUGAAAUCCAAAGGGUUCCAGGUCGGCAGUAACGUCCUGGGCGAGCACAACCAGAAGGGCACUCCGGGGAAGCCCGUGCUCUACGUCCCUGUCAAAUCAACGUGCUCUGAUGGCGGACAGUCGCAGGACAGUUCUCUGAAGCGCGUUGCAGUGGUGGAGGAUUUCUUUGACAUCAUCUACGCCAUGCAUGUGGAGAUGGGCGCAGAUCCAGGAAGAGCACCCAAACAUGCUGGCCAGAAAAAGACCUACAAAGCGAUUGCAGAGACAUACGCUUUCCUUCCCCGCGAGGCUGUGACCCGCUUCCUGAUGAGCUGUGGGGAAUGCCAGAAGAGGAUGCACAUCAACCCCAGCACUGCAGAGUUCAAAGAAAAUGACCGACCCACCUCACUGGUCCCAGACCUCAUUGACUACAACAUGCCUCUUACUGCCACCUACCUGAAACAGAUGAAACUGCAGUGCAUGAAUACCAACGAGCAGGAUGAGAGUUCGGUGAGCAGUGAAGACCUGGAUAUGGCUGAGCCAGCAUGGGGCUCUACUGAGCGUGCUCCAGCAGCAGCGCCCGGCGGCACUCCUGAGCCACGACCAGAGAGGAAGGCCACGCCCCCACAACCCAGCAUCAAAGAGGAGGAAGAUGACUCCUCCUCUGAGAGUGCCAGCACUAAUGGGCUCCCUUCCCUCGCACCUCCCACUGGUGCUGCUGUGGUGACUGGGGGCAUUUCUGUGACAGAUGGCAUGAUUCCAUAUGAAGAGGUGAAUAGCAAUGGAACCACAGCACCAUUGGACUUCAGCACCACCUCAUCCUCCUCAUCCUCAGAGGAAGGCCAGCAGCCCCUCAACCUGAGUGAUAGGCUGUUGCCGGGGGUUACUCCUGCACUUGCACCAUACCCUGCUGACUCCAGCAGGAAAUACACAAUCAAAACAGAGUAUGGCAACAAGUCUCCUCAGUACAGCUCAGGAAGCUACGACUCGGUAAAGACUGAAGUGAGCAUGUGUGCCGAAGACUUGAAUACAACACGCACUCAGGUCAUGGAUGACGAUGAUGAUGAUCACGAUGAUCAUGAUGACAGUGACAAGAUUAAUGACACAGAAGGACUAGACCCCGAGAGACUCAAAGCUUUCAAUAUGUUUGUACGGUUGUUUGUGGAUGAGAAUCUGGACCGGAUGGUGCCCAUCUCCAAGCAACCAAAAGAGAAGAUCCAGGCCAUCAUUGAGUCCUGCAGUCGCCAGUUCCCAGAGUUCCAGGAGCGAGCUCGUAAACGCAUUCGCACCUACCUCAAAUCCUGCAGACGCAUGAAGAAAGGAGGCUUUGAGACACGGCCCACCCCACCACACCUCACCUCCGCCAUGGCUGAAAACAUCCUGGCAGCUGCCUGUGAGAGCGAGACACGCAAUGCUGCCAAAAGAAUGCGCCUUGACAUCUACCAGAACCAUGACGAGUCGAUUACUGCAGACAAACCCAACUCCAGAGACCCAGCCGCUGUGGCCCACUCAGGCUUCUCAUUGGCUGCCUCAGCCUACUCCCAGGACCAGCUGUACACCAAUGGGGGGCUCAAUUACAGUUUCCGUGGUUACGGAGCCCUAGGCAACAGCCUGCAAAGCAGUGCGACAGCACAGAGCAAUGGUCCCACUGACUUGAGUAUGAAGUCUGUGGGCUCCAGCUCCUCCUCCUCUAGCUCUAACAGCCACGGUCAGGGCGGUGGAGGUGGAGGAGCGUCGGCUCAGCUCAGCCCUCCCGAAGUCACGGCAGUGCGGCAGCUCAUCGCCGGCUAUCGUGAGUCCGCCGCCUUCCUGCUUCGCUCAGCUGAUGAGCUCGAAAACCUCAUUCUACAACAGAACUGAAUCUCCACACAAGGACACACACACACGCUUAUGCACACAUGCAUAUGCACCAACACACAGACAUACACUCACAAAACACAUGAUCAGAUGUGCACAGAUAGCAGCAUACAUCAAUUGGGAUAUGCACAUAGCACAUUAAAAUGUAUAUGUAGCUACAUGGCCACAAGCAGAUGCACAGAUGUACUACAAAUACACACGUGCACACACACACACACACACACAUGCACAGAGUCCCCUUUCUUUAUAGAGCUACCUACUACAUUCUUCAUGAUAGCCUUAUUGUCAUUAUAGUGUCUUUGCCCUAUUCCCUUUGUCCUCAAUUAGAUUUGUAACAGGGCACAACUCUCUGUACACGGCUUCGAUAAACUACUGUUCUCUUAAUGCCAAAGGCCAUGAUUUGAGAAGGCCUGGUCUGUGAGGCUGUGCAGUUACAUGACCAACACAGGUUUGAUUUUAAAAUGAUGUCACUGUACAGAGCACAAUCCAUGAUGCAAAAGCCAUCCGAUGGCUGACUACUGAGAAACACUGCAGCACUUGUGGGAAAUAGAUUUACAUGAUUCUACACAAUCAGUUUGGUAUAACCCAGUAUUGCGAGUGUGACUAGAGCAAACAGAUUAUAUCAUUUCCUGUGCAUCAUGUUUGGAUCAUCACCAUCCAACAGUCACUGACCAUUAUUUUCACAGCUGGAGUGUUUCUAGGGUGUGGGAUCCUUUGCAGCCACAUAGAAAGUUGCAGCAUAGGUGUGUAACUGGUGCAUUGACAUGUAAACAUUUAAUUUGAUUCAAUGAAAAUUAAAGGGAUACCUAAGAUAGGUACAAACAGAUCAUUCUCCUAAAAUUUCAUAGUGCUCAUUGGUAAGCCAAAUCUUUUUUGAUUUCUUGUUCCAAUCUGCUCUCAGUCAGCUAUGCGACGAGUACAGCCUGGGUCGAAUGACUUGAGAACCAGCCACACCAAAAGAUAGAGCACUAACUGUCCCAAUCUACUUUUUUGCCCUGUUAGACGCAUGGCUACAAAACAAGUCUACCCAACAGCUGCUGGUGCACUGUCUGCAUAUUCAAGCCCUAGUUAGAUUCUUAAAACUUUAAACCAGGGGUGUGUUAUGGGCAAUGUCAGGUGGGCCGGACCAAAAAAAAAAAAAAACAGUUCAGUAGACUAAUAACACAUCAGUAACUCAUCUUGAAUGUGUUUGUUUGUCUGCAAUUAUUUAAAAGUUGCACAUGGAUUAAACAUGUGUCACUUACAAAACAGAUGAACAAACUGCAAUUCAUUACCAAAAAACCCUAAUUUUUCCAAUUUUGGUUUUACCAUACAGUAUCUUGCGUUACUAUUUUCCCCUCUUAAACUUUUCCACAUUUUGUAGUGAAGAAUUCCCUAUCAUUCACACUUUUUUUUUAAAAAAGAUAUUUCCCCAUUUUGUGCCCAAUUUGGUCAUCUACCAAUUCCCACCUGCCAGCCAGCUUUCCCUAUCAUACAACAGUUAUCAACCGGGUAGGGUGAAGGCUAACAUGUGCUUCCUCUGAGACAUGUAAAGCCAGCCAGCUGCAUGUUUUCGAACUGCUGCUCAUGCUGUGUCACAUGGCAACGUAACACUCUUGGAGAAAAGCUCUACCUGCUCCCUGCCACAUACAUGAGCUCACAGACGUUCACCAUUUGCUAGUGUCACUGUGAUUGACAGGGGGUGUACAGUAAUGCCGUCCCUUCCACCCAGAGUGCAUGGACCAUAUUGUUACCUUGACUCUGGGCAUGGUUGGCUUUGGCAUUGGUGAGAUUUGUACUCGCAAUCUCUUGACUAUCAUUAGCUUAUUUUAUGUUCUAUUUUCCCCCCUAGUGGAAUAAGAGAAAAGAGACUAGCUCUUUUUUCAUAUUUCAAAUCAAUUAUGGUCCACAAGACAAUUUUUAUUCAGCACAUGGAUUCUAAAUUCAAUUGGUGGGCUGGAUUAGAACCUUUAUUGGCCCAGUCCCAGCCCACAGGCCGUGUAUAUUUGGCACCCUUGCUUUAAAAGUUUUAAACAGCAUAUCCGGUAGGAAAAAUCUCAGCCUAUAAGUAUGUGAAGUUGCCAUAGAGACAAACCUGUUGUAUACGCUAUGGAGAUACCAUCAAAGAUAAAGUGGGAGAAAUUAUAAGAUAUCUAAUAUUUGAUUAAUGCUACUGAGGUUGGGGAUAAGGUGCAAUGUAUAUGAUAAUAUUUUUAGUGUGUUGUCUGAAAAUUUAACAUAGACACACAUAGUUCCAUUCUUUACAUACAUUUAUUCUUUCUCAUAUAUAAAAACAAUACAUACAAACAAAAAAAUCUAUUUAAUAAUUUGAUUGAUGUUGACUGCUACAGAUGUUUAAAUUCUGUCAAAUGGGCAUGUUAGACUGUUGGACAUUAUGCAAAUGAAGCUGCACUGAGAUACUUAAAACCCCACUCUCAACCCCUCCUCCACACCCCAUUGCCUUUGCAACCCUUUAUCCUCAGCACUGCAAUGACUUCUGGGAAACGCACUCACAAAAAAAGACAAAGGACUGCAUUUCCCAUGCUGCAUUGCAAACAAAUUUUGUUAAGUUGUGAAUGCUGCUCUUGUUUUCUAACCUCAUGACUAUGUCACUUUCAUACCGCACGGGGACCAAUCAAAAUCAUCAGAGGGACUUAUGUACAUAUGCAUACAUGUUUAAGCAAAGGGACCUAAUUAUCAGUGGAAAUAGGCCAAAGCUUAAAAAAAAAAAACCUCCGUACUACUUAUGUCAUAAUUUAUGUGAUGUCAGUCUUACCAGAUAAUGGUUUUUGAUUGGCUGGACACCUCAGUGAUUUUCAGAACAAUUAGAGGUGUAACACUUACAUCUCCUUUUCCUGUCAUGGAAAUUCAGUUGAAUGAUGUAGUGCACAAAGCUAUUUUACACUGCACACUAUGACUCUGAGCUCCCUUUUGCUUGUCUCACGCCCCCAUGUUAAUUUCAAUCAUGUCACCAAAUUCAGGCCUCGCACAAAAAGACACUGUAUAAAAAAGCAAAAGACAAUCCUGGAGAAGUUGAUUUAAACAGUGUAAAGUUACGUGACCUGUGUGUUUCAAGCCUUCAAGUGGUAUAGCAACCUUCCAAGUGUUGUAGCCAUAACCACAAAAUUACGAUGAACCAGAAAAUGAUUCCUACUGGGGGUGUCAGGUAAGGGGAGCAAUGCAUUUCCACUAGUUGACUUUACCCACUUAAUUUAAUCUGAUGUUUAUGUGUAUUUUAUAUUAUUUUCAUUACUUUAUGUGUCUGAAAGGUUUAUAAAGUUCUUUAUGUAUGCCUCUAAAGGGAACUGUCAUCUUUGUAUAGAAACAAAAUCAAACUUUAGCCAAUUCUAAGUGUAACAGGAAACUCAGAUACACAGGAGAAUAAUCUGAUAAUGGCUGGACAGGAAUCAUUAUUUGGAUUCACAUCAGAUUACAUCUUAAAUUAAAUUAUCCUGAAAUAUUGUAGCACUUUAUGGCUUGGUUAAUUUACUAAAUGUCUUAAAUCUGGAAUCAUAACAAAUUAUAACAUUGGAAAAAAGUAUACGUUACUAUACUCAGGCCAUAGGUAUAGAGUAAUUUAUUUAUUUGAUGAACAUUUAUUUAUCACAGAGAAGGAAAAAUGUCCUUAUUUCUGAAUGACACACUUGUUUUGGUGAGACCUGCAUCCAAACAGAAAAUGGACUCAGUAUAUCGGCAGUCCAUUGUCAGACGCUGUGAGGAACAUUCUGAUGAGGGGAUCAGUCUGAUUUCUCAUGAGUACUUAAAAAGGAGUGUAAGCUAGAGUGGUUCAAACACAUUCGAGUGCUGGUAUGUCCACUCGCUCUACAUUAUAUUUUUGUUUUGUUCUGUUCUGUUUUCUUUAGUCAGAUUUCAUGUGAAUAGACAGUAGUAAUGUAUUUAUGUUCAAAUUUGUUUGAGAACAAGGUCUGAGAGCUGUGUAACUCUUCACAAGGAAAAAUGCAAGACACACAUAUAAACACAAACAUGCUCACAAACACACAUCGAAAAAUAAAAAUUUGGAGGUAAAAAAAAAAAGAAGAAAUGCUAUGACUUAUUUUUUUAUAAUUGCAGCAGAGGUCUGCAAUCAAAAUGUGGUAACAACCAUUGCCUGUGUUCUUUUCAUUUGUGGUGCUCUGUAAGAUUAUUGUUAUUGUUAUUACUAUGAUUAUUGUAUUUGAUUUGUUUCUACUCCUGUACCUGCCUGGAAACUGUAGGCUGAAGCCUGGUUUCUCUUUGUAUACCAAUGUGAAGCUUUGUAUUAUUUCUUUCUGGUUCUGACUCAGUGGAAGUGUGUGAUGUUUACAUGUACAGAGGAUUAGAUUCUUUUUGUUGUUGGUUUAUUUUUUCUUUCUUUCUUUUUGUUUGUUGAAGACCCACAUAUCCAGCCUCAGUUUGUGACUUCAAGUUGUUUCUUUAAUCUUGUGCAUGGAGGGGUAAUGUUAUGUUAGAAAGUUAUAGAGACUUGGUUAAACCACUGUUAAGGUCCUUGCACACUUAAAAUGCAUAAAGUGAAUAUUUGUGACUGUCAUUUGUCCAUGGUGGUUCAUGUUAGUGUCCCAGAACAAGAGAAAACUCCCAUUGUGCUUUUAUUCCUCAGACAUGAGUCUAGUACAACUGUUAUAGAAGCCUGUUUUCAUUUGCAGGUGUGUGUUACCUCUUUGUUAAACACUGUUCAGUUUUUGCACUUGAGAAGUGUGUUACUUCCUCAGCAUUAGUUCAGAAUGAAUCAGGGUUGGGAUCCAUGUGCAAGGGCCUUGAGAGGUGACAUUUCAGUCACUGAUUGUGGAUGAAGGUGCUGGAUCAGAAAAAAAAAGCAGAGAGAGAGAGCUUCUUAUCAGCUCAAAGUGCAACACCAGUUGUCCUCCCCAUAAUGCUACACAAUGGACCUGAUGGUUAAUGAGCUUCAAAUGAUUUUUAUUACUACUUUCACAAAGACUUGAAACAAAUAUUUUACAAGUAAAGCCAGUGAUACAGGGGAAAGCGUAGCCUCCCUCAAACUGGUCCAGUUAACUAAAGAUUUCCAAUGUGAUUAAGGCCUGCUAUGUUCGAAUUUGCACUUUGACCUUUUGUAGAAGCUUCUCAGUGAUUUUAAAAGCCAUUCCCCUCAUGUUGUUUGCCCAUAUGGGGAACAUAGGAACCUCAGGAACUGUUGAAUCUCUGAGUUUGUUUUUUUUUAAUCCAGGCCAAUAUGUCCUGACUGACCAGUCCUCAUGCUCUCUCUCAGCUACCACAUCAUUUAUAUCGAAUUUGCUAUAUAUCCUUUUUAUAUUUAUUAUUGUGAUUUAAAAGUGAAUCUUCUUUUCAGUACAUGUGGCUGAAUAUUUUAAUUCUUUAGAAAAGUGUUGAUAAAUAUAAAUAUAUAUCUGAAUAUAUGUGAAGCAACUAAAAGAUGGAAAACAUGGCAGGUAAUUCCAUUUAUGUUUGUUUCAUGCAAAAAAAAAAGAAGAGGAAGAAAAAAAAGACUCAGGUGGGCGAGUUUCCCACCUUUUACAUAUCACUUU